AUGGAAGAUGAUUACUUUUCUUUGAAUGCAAUUUUAGCUGAUAAUCAUAAAUUAUCAUGCUCAUUCACGCUGGAUGUAGAAGGUUUAGGUUAUUUGGAAGGCGGAACGGAGAAUAAUAUACAUCAGCAUUCAAAAGUCGAAUUACCAUUUUGGUUGGCACAGACAUUAAGCUUAAAUGAAUUCACGACCUUUCCAUUACCACCACCGUAUUCCAACAGAGUGAAAGCGGCUCUAAAGGCUUCGGCCCAAUCUGUCAUAUUGUCAAACCUCGUAGGGAAUAACGGGUGGUGGUAUAGAUGGGGAAGAAGGAUAGCUGAUGUACUUGACGAUGAACCGCAAGCGGAUCUGUUAAACACGCUACUAAAAGCAUUCACGAAUCGUCUUCCUGCUUUACAAGACCUGUCAGCACAUCACGCAAGUGCUGAUCACACUUUACCUGAAGGUUCAACUAGUUCAGGCGAGAUGUUCAGAGACGGUAUGGAAGGUGAUGAAAGGGAAUUAUUUGCUAUCGGACAGGAAUCAGGGAAGUUGUCAAAAGCUUGGUAUGAUAGUGAAGCUGGUAGAAAAGGUAGAUGA